AUGACCAGUAACGUCAACUGUGGUAGAGAUGAUUACGUGUACGAAAAAGUGCCUACGGCAGGGAUAGGGAAAGCCGCUAUUGCCAGUGACAAAGAUUCAGUAAGCAUUAUUUCUAACAAGGAUAGAAAGUUUCUCUACUUCGCAGCAUCCAUAGCUAACCUAGCAUCAUUCGUCUGCGGUACAGCCCUAGGAUGGACCUCACCGGAGGUUCCGAAGAUGAAAGCCGUAGAAGACAACCCCAUCGACCAUAUCCUGACACCUACAGAGGAAGGGUGGGUCGGCUCUCUCCUACCUCUAGCAGCGGCUGUAGGCCCUUUCGCCGGAGGUUACAUGACUGACGCCAUUGGCAGAAAAAUCACCUUACUCAUCAGCGCAACACCAUUCAUCCUAGCCUAUUUCCUCAACAUCAUAGCAACCGACUUGACAUAUUUCUUUCUGUCGAGAUUCCUAUGCGGUUUGGGCGUUGGGAUAGUCUUCACGUCCAUACCCAUGUACGUGGGGGAAAUCGCAGAUGAUGAAGUCAGAGGGUCACUAGGAGCCUUCAUGCUACUCUUCAUGGUGAUCGGAAUGCUAUUUUCCUACGUCUUCGGUCCAUACCUGACCUUCAAGACUUUCAACGUGGUUCUCCUCGUACCACCCACAGCUUUCUUUCUAUUGUUUCUCUUCUUCAUACCAGAAAGUCCCUACUACUUGGUACAGACGAACAAGAUUGAAAGGGCUGAGCAGGCUCUGAUGAAACUACGAAGAAGUGGUAGGAGUAUGGCAAGGAAUGAAGCUGAGCUGAUCAGGCAGCAAGUGGAAGUUGAUCGAAGAAACAAAGGUGGCAUCCUCGAUAUCUUCAAGAUAAAAGGCCAGACAAGAGCGUUGAUGCUGUCUGUAGGCCUGUUAGUUUGCCAGCAGUUGUCCGGUAUCAACAUAAUAAUUUUCUUCGCGCAAGAUAUCUUCACAGCAGCUGAUGUAUCGCUAGCACCGGAAAUUUGCACAAUCAUCAUUGGCAUUGUGCAAAUUCUAGCUAGCGGUGCUACUUCUUUGUUGGUGGAGAAAUUGGGGAAGAGAUUCCUCCUCAUGCUAUCUGGUAUAGGCAUGGGGCUAUCACACGGAGUCAUGGCCUGCUUCUUCCAUUUGAAAGACGACCAGAUGAUCGAUAUUUCGGGCGUAGGAUGGGUCCCAAUCGUUAGUUUGGUGGUAUUCAUAGUAACCUACUGCCUUGGAUUCGGCUCAUUACCGUGGGCUGUAAUGGGAGAGCUUUUUCCUGUUAAUAUAAAAUCUGCUGCUUCUGCUGUCACUGCUUCUGGAGGUUGUCUGCUGGGAUUCAUCGUCACCAGAUACUUUGGGAACCUAACUGAUAUGAUUGGUAGAUCUGGAACUUUUGGGGUGUUCACUAUUUGCUGUUUUAUCGCAUCCCUACUUGUCUACAAGUUGUUGCCGGAAACUACUGGAAAAAGCUUUCAAGAAAUUCAGGAUAUCUUGAAUGGAACAUUAGAAGAACGAAGAUGA